UCUUUUUGUCAGAAAAUUAUUUUGUACUUCAAUUUUGACAUAUUUGUAUUUUAUUUAAAUCUAAAAGAGUUUCGAGUAAUGGACGCAGAGUUAAACCAACUUGCUUAGCCCAUGUUCACUUGAAUAUUUUUACAGUUUCAUAAAAUUAGCUUGCGGAAUGACAACACACCAUAUCGGUCUCGUGUGCACCUUGACCAGGCCCUGCACUGCUGGAUGGCCCUUCGUCUGUGGCCCCGUCCUCCGCUGAUGCCUCAUCCGACGACCGACAACUCAGGGCUGAUCCAGGUAAUGCAGGCCGUCGGCGGCGGAAUCGCCGGAGCCGCCACGCGCACCAUAACGCAGCCUCUGGACGUCCUCAAGAUCCGCUUCCAGAUGCAAGUGGAGCCGCUCACCAACCGCAAGGGGUCCAAGUACCGCGGCAUCCUCCACGCCUUCCGCUCGGUGUACGCCGAGGAGGGGAUGCGGGGCAUGUUCCGGGGCCACAACUCCGGCCAGGUGCUGAGCAUCUCCUACGCCCUCGUGCAGUUCUGGUCCUACGAGCAGCUCCGCUCCAUGGCCCACCAGUCGGUCUUCUGGAACGAGCGACCCUUCCUGAUGUUCUUCGUUUGCGGCGGCCUGGCCGGAUGCCUGGGCGCCUGCGCUGCCCAGCCCUUCGACGUGGUGCGCACCCAGAUGGUGGCCGCCGAUCCCUCCUCGCGCCGCAGCCAGAUGAGCACGUGGAGCGGGCUGCGGCGGGUCUACCGGACGGAGGGUUGGGACGGCUUCACGCGGGGAAUGUCCUUCACCCUGGUGCAGAUCUUCCCGCUGGUCGGCGCCAACUUCUUCUUCUACAAGUACCUCAACGCCCUGGUGCUCGCGGCCAAGCCGCCCGAUCUCCGCCAGGAGAUCCACGGCGCCUUCCUCUUCAUCAACGGCGCCUUGUCUGGCGUGGCGGCCAAGAUGCUCGUCUACCCGGCCGACCUGCUCAAGAAGCGCAUCCAGCUGAUGGCCUUCAAGCAGGAGCGCAAGACCUUCGGCCGCAACCCCGACUGCCCCACGCUCCUGGGCUGCAUCACGACCACGUUCCGGGUGGAGGGCAUCGGCGGCUUCUACAAGGGCAUGUCGCCCACCCUGCUGAAGGCCGGGCUGACCAGCGCCGUCUACUUCACCAUCUACGACCUCUUCAAGCGCCACUACAUCGCUCCUCUGCGGGAGCCCGACAAGGGCCGCCAGAAGCGCGGCAAGACGUAGUCUCCACUUGCCCGUUUCAUCGUGGAACUGGACCAGCUUCGAGUGAGGAUGCGCGGAAUAUGGAUGAGCGAACGAGUCGAAUAUAAGUUAAAGGUCCCGUGGACGGUGUGAAUUGGGGGGCAUGAGCAGUAGACUAGACGACCAGAUGGCCA